AUGGUGCUCAGAGAGCUUUUCUCCCCGAAGCCGGACGCUUUGGACGAUUUCGAAGAUCCAAAGGCGCUCGAAAAGGAUGAUUGUUUGUCCUGCAGAGUUCUAGGCUCGACUGCGCUGGUGUCCUUGGGUGGCUACACAUAUUACUCCGGGAUGCAACAACUCAGACAACAGCGGAAGGCCAUCGAGCUCAGCAAAUCAAAGUACAAAUAUGGUUCUCGGCAACUGGGAAUUGUUUCUCUGUCGGCGACUCUGUUCGGUCUGGGAAUCUACAGGAUGUUCAACUGA